UCAAAUAAAUGAUUUAUUUUAAUACAAGGUGAUAAAUUUUGUAGAAAAUGUAUCAAAGUGGAAGUAAUAUUACAAAAAACAAUACACUUUUAUCUACUAAUAUAUUAAAACAGCUACCGUCAUGGUUGAUAGAAAUGAAUGAGAAUGUAAAAAGAUUAAAUAUAAUUGAUCAUUAUAAAACAUUGCAAAUAGAAAAACAUUCAAUUCACGAAGAACAUCCAUUUGAACAAACUCUUUUAGAAGAUGAAAUAUCUUCUUUAAAGGAAGAAAUUGAUAAUUUAUAUGGGCAGUCUUGCAAACCAUUUUUUACAUUAAACAAGAUAAAAGAUAUUGAUGGUGACAUUUUAUUACAAUCAUGCACUAGUAAAUCUCUCCCUAAUACUUCCAAUCAAGCGAAGAUAAAUAUCAAGAAUACUUCAACUCAUGUUCUUUCUGCUGAACAAAAUCCUAUUAAUAAUCAAAAUCCUAUUAAAAGAGAUUUUAGUGCACUUGAUGAAUAUAUGGAGAAAAAAAGAAUAGAGAAAGUCUAUAACAAUACAAAAUCUAUGAGAUUUAAAAACAAUGAGAAAUAUAACUGUGAACUACGAACUUUUGAUGAUUUUGAGAAGCGAAAUCAUGACUAUUUUCAGUCAGGAAUCAUAAAGAGAAGAUUAGAUUAUUUACCUGGUUUAAUACCAAAAGAAGAAACUGUUACAAAUGGAAUAAAAAUAGUACCAAAUUCAAUAUAUCAUGCUGAUGCAAACAAUAGCGAACUAACAAGAAAAAAUCAUAAUAAAUUUAUUUCUUCAGUAGAAAUUGGCCAGAAGAGUAGUAAUAGUUCAAAAGAAAAAUCUACAAAUAAAAGUUUGCAUAAUUAUAAAUCUAAUAUUCAACAGAAUCAUACAAUUCAAGAUAGUUGCAGAAAUUUUAUUAUACCGGAACUUCCUUGUGGUAAAAUAUUAAUCAUUGAUAUUCUUAGUACCUGGGGAGAUAAAUAUUAUGUAGGUCUUAACGGAAUUGAGAUUUUUUCAGAUACAGGUCAACUUGUAUUCAUAAAUAAGAUAUUAGAAAACUCAUCAAAUAUAAAUCAAUUACCAGAACAUAAUAAUCUUCGUGUUAUUAAUAAUCUUAUUAAUGGAGUAAAUAGAACAAGAGAUGAUGCUAAUUUAUCGCUUAUCCCAUUUACAGAAGGAAAUCAUCAUUACAUUCACAUGAUUUUUCAGGAUAUUGUAACAAUUGCUAUGAUUAGAAUAUGGAAUUAUAAUAAAUCUAGAAUACACUCAUAUAGAGGUGUUAAGGAUAUCACACUUACAUUGGAUGAUACACUUAUUUUUUAUGGAGAAAUUGCUAGAGCAUCUGGAAACUUACAAGACACUUUUAAUUCUUUCGGAGAUACUAUUCUGUUUACCACUGAUGAAAAUAUUUUAGAAAUGAUAUCAACAAAUGAUGAAAUGUUUACAAUCAUUAAUAACAAUAUGCUUAAUUAUGCAGAAAAGGAGACAGAUAGACCAGUAACAGUAACGACUAAUUUAAAUAUAACAUUUGGAAGGCGUAAAAAUGAUUGUUCAGUUGGAAAUCAUUCAACUGUAUCUAGUGGUAGUGAAUAUAAUACAUUAUCCCUUGUUUGUAAAGAAAUUCAAUUGAUUAUUCUUUCAAAUUGGGGUGCUGCUGGAAUAGUAGGUCUUAAUGGAAUAGAAUUCAUUGGAAACCAAAAUUUAAUUUUGUCAACAACUCAUGCUAACUUAAAAUGCAACUUAGAUAAUAUAAAUCUUUUAAAAUUGAUUGAUGGAUACAAUAUAACAACUGAUACAGAUCAUAUGUUGUUAAUAGAUUAUAUAAAUGAAAAUGAAGAAAUUAUUAUAACAAUUACGUUCGACAAAGAAGUAUAUAUUACUGGUAUGAGAUUCUGGAAUUAUAAUGCUUCUCUGGAGUUGUCAUAUUGUGGUGUGAAACGUUUAUUUAUUAAAUUGGAUGGAAAAUCAAUAUUUGAAGAAGACUGUGAUAGCUUCUUAUUGAGAAGAGCUCCAGGAAAUUGUCAUUAUAAUUUUGUACAAGAAAUAAGUUUUAUUUGUCAUUUGCACCAUGAAUCAAUAUUAUCAAAAGAAUUUAAUGCAACUUUAACUUUGUCCCAAGAAAAAAUUAUUCUAUUUAAUAAAGAUUAUGAAGUACCCUUAAUGCCACAGGGUUUUGUGUAUCAAAUAAUAAUAUUUUCAAGUUGGGGUGAUUCUUAUUAUGUGGGUCUCAAUGGCAUUGAAUUUGUUGGUAUCAAUGGUCAUCAAAUCAAAUUAAACAGUGAUAAUAUAGCAGCUUAUCCAGAAAGUAUAAAUAUACUAGAAGGAAUUGAUAAUGAUAUAAGAACACCAGAUAAAUUAAUAGAUGGUGUGAAUGAUAAUGAUGAUGGUCAACAUUCAUGGCUUGCACCAAUUUUGCCUGGUGAAACAAAUCGUAUUUAUAUUGUAUUUUCUUAUCCUACGACUGUAAGUGCCAUAAAAUUAUGGAAUUAUGGAAAAACUAAGUCAAGAAGAAUAAAAGAAUUUGCAAUAUUGGUGGAUGAUAUAUUAAUUUUUAAUGGAACGCUGAGUAAAAAUAAUAUAUAUGAAACAAUACAAUUUUUUAAUAGUGAUAGUACAGACCACAUUGAGUCGUCUUUAACUAGUGCUAGUAAUCAAAACUAGUAACCAAAUUUAAUCAAUGCAAGCCUUUCUUGUCUAAUUAUAUUAUUAAUGAAAGUUUUAUAACGGAGUAGUUAUGAUUAUG